UCAGGCAGCUUUUGCGAGCAAUGGGCGACCAUGUUACCGUUGUCCGUGCAGGCGCUGAGCGGAUCGUGCCUUUAUAUACCUUGCACAUUCACCAUACUUCAGUCGCAGGACAUAAACCUGAAUAGCACCUGUGCCGCCAUUUGGAGGACAGGCACUUUCUCCUUUACUGACGUGUUCGACUCCAGGCUCACGAGAGAGCAGAGCAGGGCAAAAAACCUCCUGCAGGGAAAUGUUGUCGGCAACUUGCUGGAUAAAAACUGUAGCACCAUGCUGGAAGGUGUGACGUCAGACCGAACCGGCUCAUAUUUCUUUAGGCUGGAGUGUGCCAACCCACUUAAGUUCAACUUUGUGGGCUCAUACGUUAGCUGGGAUGUUCAAGACUCACCACCCCAACCCACUAUCACCCGCAGCACUAAAGUGGUCAUUGAGGGUGAUGCGCUGGAUUUAAAGUGUCAGGCGCCAGUUCGUUGCCCGACAUUGCCACCGCUCUUGACGUGGGUGCCGCAGUUAGGCACUGUCACUGAGGCGGUGGAGGCAGAAGCCUCAGCGGUCAUGACUUUUAAAGCCACUUAUCAACACCACAAUGUCAGAGUGACUUGCAACGCCAUCUACAGGAGGCAAGCGGGACUCUCUGAGCUUGCCACGGAACGUUCGUUGACGCUUCAAGUUUUCUAUGGUCCAAAAGACACAACUGUGAGCUACGCCAGCCCCGCUAUUGCUGACAUGCUGCUCACGUUGACCUGCGAGAGUAACGCCAACCCACAGCCUGAUUAUUCGUGGUACCAGGGGGACGGCGAGCAGCUGAGGCAGGUGUCACCUGGAAAGCAAUACAACAUCAGACUCAGAGAAGAUGAGCCCACUAUCUACUGCAAAGCGCGCAACCUACUCGGAGAGCAAAACUCGUCCGUCACCAUCGAUGUUCAAUUCCCUCCCAAGAACACGACCGUGCUGCUGGAGCCACCUAGUCCCAUCUUGGAGGGCAACCGAGUGGUCCUGCUCUGCCAAAGCCGAGCCAAGCCACCCAUCAGAAGCUUUAGCUGGUCCAAAGACGGCAGAGAGGUGGAAUUGGCAUUCAAUGAUCGCCUGACACUGAACGCUGCCCAGCCUGAACAUGGUGGCCUUUAUAUCUGUACAGCCCAAAAUGCGCUGGGAACGGCAUCAUCCAACGCCGUUCUGUUGGACGUGCAAUAUCCUCCCAAGAACACUUCGGUUUCUGCAUCGCCUCCCGGCUCUUUGCCCGACGGCAGCGCCGUCACUUUAAAAUGCAACGGAGUGGCCAACCCGAUGGUCAUUGACGUCAAGUGGUACCGAGUAAACAGUGGCGUGACGACGUCGAUCGGCUCAGGCCGGGAGAUCACUUUCAAUGUUACCAAGUUGUCCUGGGAUAACUAUUAUUGUGAAAAUCAAAACAUUCAUGGAGUCCAGACAGCCCGGCCCAUCACCAUCGAUGUCACAUUCGCCCCCGAGAUCCUGACAUCCUCCCGUUGCCAAGACGUGUCAGCUGGGACUCAGUGUACCUGUAUCAGUCAGGCCAACCCACCGCCCUCACUGCAGUGGGAGUUGUCCACAGUGUUGGUCAAUAACUCUAACCAGCGACCCAUCUUGGAGCACACCCUCAACAGCUUCACCAGAAGAAGCAUCAUCGUCCUUCAGCUCCUGGAUGGCGAAAACAUAGCAUCCUCAUUGGUUUGCAUCAGCCUCAAUGAGUUUGGAUCUGACCGUCUUGCUUUCAACAUGUCCUUGCCCGCCCCUCAGAUAGAUGUGACCGUUCUGGCGAGUUCUGCCGUGGGAAUUGUGGUCCUGCUGAUACUGAGUUUCCUUCUGCUUUUGUACAUUUGCAGGAAAACCAAAGUCAACUCCCCGGCAAGCAACGGAAAAGCAAGUAGCGCCGCUGACUUUUUGGUCACCAAUAAGAGAAACGGUUCCCAAGUUGCCAUCUUGUCUACGGAGGCAGCACCGGACAAUGAGCAGCUGCACUACGCCGACGUCAAUGUGACCAGACUGCAGGCCCGUGAACCUGGUGAGAUCCGGGGGCUCUCCUCCGUUACGCAAGAGUAUGCAGAGAUUCGACUGUACUCAACUGAGGGAAUGGACCAAGAACGUGAGCCCAAUCCUGAAACCGAGCCAGAGCCCAAACUUGAUCCAGAGGAGGAAAAGAUGGCAGACUCUCCUUUUGGACCAGAAGAUGCAAGCCAAGAAGUUGCCUCAACAACAGAGACAAAUAUUGAAAACUCAGUGUUCGUUUAA